UUGUUUUGAGUACAAGGAAAAUGGUACUGUGUUUAGUAGUCUUGUAAGCCCAUGUGGGCUGGGCGCCAGUAAAUACUUAAAUAAAUCACAAUCAAUCAUGUAGCCUAACAAAUAGAAGACCAAACAUGACUGAAUGACAAUAGACACAGGUAAUGGUACUGUUGAGAAAAAGGAAGGAUCAUAUGCCAUGCCAGUAUUGAACUCCACAACCCCUAGAUUACCAAAAUGGGCAUGCUAACUACCCACUGUCGCAAUAAUAUAAUCUCUUCGGAAGUCAAAUCAAAGUUUAUUUGUCACUUGCACAGGAUACAACAGGUGUGAAACAGUACAGUGACAUGCUUACUUGCAAGCUCUUUCCCAACAAUGCAGUAUUCAAUAUAAAGGUAAGAGAAAUAAUACGAAGGAGAAACAGAAUGAAAAUAACUAGAUUGUCAGCUCUAUAGGGGAUCAGCACCAUCACUUCAAUGUGCAGGGAUACUGGAGGAGUUGAGCUAGAUGUGUAAGCAGGGCUAAAAGUGACUGUCAGCAGUAUAAAUAAUAGAAUAAAUACCAGCAGCGUAAAUGGUGUGUGUGCAUGUGUGAUGUGUGUGGCAUUAGCAUUCGUUGUCAUGCCAUUAGUACAUACAGUACGGACGAGGCUAUAGAACUGCAACAUUCCAUGCUUCAUCAAUGAUGAUUGAUAUGAGCUUGUGUGUUUACUAUGUGUCUGACCAGGCUAGCAGGAUAGCCCUCCUCCACUCCCUGGCUAACAUAGAGCAGUGGGCUAUAGACCUGUCCUGGGACAUCAUCGCUCGCUUCUCAUCGGUCAGACUGGACACUGGAGAGCCCAUGCCCCGCCAGUUCUACAGCGACUUUGUCAAAGUGGCCGGAGACGAGGCCAAGCAUUAUCACUUACUAGAGACGAGGAUCACAGAACUCGACAGCUUCUUUGGCGCGUUACCUGUUCAUAAUGGUCUGUGGCAGUCAGCAACGGAUACGUCCCACGACCUUCUGGCGAGGCUAGCCAUUGUGCAUAUGGUACAUGAAGCCAGGGGCCUGGAUGUGCACCCCCAGACCCUCUCCCGCUUCGCUGCCCAGGGGGACUGCAGCUCUGUGGAGGUGCUGGAGGUUAUCUACCGGGAUGAGAUCACUCACGUGGCCGCCGGGCUCCGCUGGUUCACUUACAUCUGUUCACAGGAAGAACGGGAUUGCUUAUCUACUUUUCAUGACUUGGUGAAGCAGCACUUCAAAGGUUACCUGAAGCCUCCUUUUAGCACAGAGGGUAGGAAGACAGCGGGGAUGACAGAGGAGUGGUACGUGCCUCUUGUAAAGCCUCCCAGUUAACAGACAAUGUCCCCGAGACCAGCAUGCUGUGACAAACACAAUUGCUGCAUCCCAGCGGAUGAGGGAAGCAGUUUCACACCGAAUCUCAUAACACCUGGAUAAAGGUCAAACUGUUACUAUUAUAAAGGUUUAAACUCAAACAUGUCAGUAGCCGUAUCAAUGUGGUAUUGCAAUCUAAUAUCUGAGCCCAAUGUAGAUGACGUGGCAUUCGAUCAUUGGUUAAUUUGUGCAGCGCAACUGCAAUGUAGUCGGCCUGGAACGGCACCAUUUAGUCCCCUGGAAAGAGUACAUCUCUAAAACAGACCCCACCAUCUCCACAUUACUACAAAGUCCAAUGCAUAAUAUGGUAAUAUAUAAUGUCAUAGAGCAAAUGACAAAGGCAACAGAACCUUGUAAAUGUUUAUUUAUGCAAAUACAACUCAGUUAUUUUGGGAGUCUAACGGGUUUGAGGGUUUUGCAUUCGACAACAAACUACUCACACAACAGCCUCUCCAUGAUAUCACUAUUAUUACAUUCAUGUGUUCCAUAGGCUAUCAGGAAAUAGUUUCCAGUAGGCGUAAAACAAGGGGAAAUGUUUUUGAAACAGAGGGUACUACACCUGGACUUGAACAAUAAGAAAUGCUCAUUUUUAGUUUCUGUUUCAAAACAUUUUGCCACGGUGUUCCCUGCUGAGCACUACUCUUGUCUGUACUCUUAAAUAUGUUGUCUUAAAACAGACAUAGUAUAGAUCCUUCAUGUUUUACAGGAAAUGUAUCUAAUCAAAUAACAUUAAAGUAGGUUGUUGUUUUGUGUUUAAUUACCACAUCAUGGUGUUUUAAUGCACAGCGUGUAGCUGUGUCAAUGAGUUCUUCUCUCCAGCUGAAUGCAAUUCAGUUCUGUCUCUGUUACUGUGGAACAGACACUCCUGCUUGGGAGGGCCAGAUCUGUUCUGGAAGCUCUGAUGGAGAUAUCCGUUGUAGAAGUCUGCUGCCGACAGUCUCUUCUUCAGCAUCACCGCCUUGAAUCCCACCCAGCCAUCCUUGACCACCGAACACACAAAAAUGCUUGUCAUCAUUUUUCUAUGGGAUCCAUCAAGUUAAUUAUUUGUAUUAUGCCAUGAUACAUCAGGAAGUGAAUUAUUUAUUAUUAAUAGACAUAUUUCAAUAAGACAAAUGGAAGUGUUUUGAUAUAAUAGUAAACCAUGGAAAGUGUCAAGGAUGAAAAGCCUGGCUCACGCACCUUACAACAGACAGCCAAGGUGUUGGAUUCUUUCUGAUAACUCAUAGAUCCUGGCACAGGUCUCCUCCCUCGACCUGUCAUUAAAACAAUCACAACCUUUCUCAACCUAAACUAUUCUAAACGGAUGUUACCAGACAUUGAUUGUCUUCGCAGCGUGUGGAAUCAAGCACUACUGGUGCCGAUCCACACAGCUACUUACCGCAUGCUGAUUGAACUAGCUGACUGAGUCAACCACCAUCUACCACCAAGCAGUGUUGGAAACAAUGAAGAGUCCUGAUUAAAAGAGGUAAUUACCUGAUAGUGAAAUGUUGCAUUUGCCAGAAAACUCCAGCAGCUUUAUGGUCUUGCCCAUCCAAAUUGUUCUCAAUGGGAUCUAAUGAGAGAGAAGAGGGCAUUAUUUUAACACUCCUGGACAAUGUGUGUUUAGAGGCCGGUCACAGUAAAUCAAGGCCAUGUUCAGUAUGCACAAAAUCAUCUUGAAACAGGUGAGGAACGGCCUGAAAUCGCCCAAUAAGACUGCUCACUUUAGUUUGACGUUUUCUGACUUCUCUAGUUUCGUGCCAACUGAACAUGACUGGUCUGUCUUAUUACCCGGGAUGCGAUGGCACGAAACAGGCGGUCGAUCUGGACACAGGUCUGCUCCUCCCAUACGAUCCAGCUCAUCGAUGUGCUGAUUUUAGGGGCUGUUGAGAAGAGUCAACUCUAAGCUGAGGCAUGAAUGAGUGCUUAGAAAGUACACGCAGCUUUCACCCUCCUGUAAGUUGCAAUUCUUGCUGAUUGUUUAUCAUUCAAAUUGUAAUUACUACUAACGUCAAAUCUCUGGUUGAGUAAAUAAAUGUUCUUACCUAAAGUG